AUGUUGGCAGCAGGAAUAAUCAGGCAGAGCACAAGUGCCUAUUCGAGCCCGGUGAUAUUGGUCAAGAAGAAGGAUCAUACGUGGCGGAUGUGUGUCGAUUACCGCGCGCUCAACCGUGUUAUUGUGCCCGACAAGUUCCCGAUUCCAGUGAUAGAGGAACUGCUGGAUGAGCUCCAUGGGUCUCGCUAUUUCUCCAAACUCGAUAUGAAAUCCGGGUAUCACCAGGUUCGAGUCAAAGCGGAGGAUGUGCACAAAACCGCGUUCAAAACACAUGAAGGCCACUACGAAUAUUUGGUCAUGCCCUUUGGUCUCAUGAACGCGCCUUCUACCUUCCAAAGCUUGAUGAAUGAGAUUUUUCGUUCUUUUCUCAGAAAAGGGGUGCUGGUGUUUUUCGACGACAUCCUAGUCUAUAGUGCUACAUGGGAGGAGCAUUUAUCUCAGCUGGAAAUUGUUUUGCAAAUUUUGGAGCAACAGAGCAUCACUGCCAACAAUAAGAAAUGCCAUUUUGCAGGGCGCUCGGUGGAUUAUUUGGGGCAUUUGAUCUCUGAGAAUGGGGUGGCAGUGGAUCCAACAAAGAUUGAAAGCGUCGUGAAGUGGCCCGUGCCAAAGAAUGUCAAGGGGGUACGGGGAUUCUUGGGCUUAACCGGGUAUUACCGGAAAUUUAUCCAAGACUACGGGAAAAUAGCAAGGCCCCUUACUGAACUGACAAAGAAAGAUGCAUUUGUGUGGGGAAUUGACGCUCAAAAGGCUUUUGACGAAUUGAAGCACAAAUUGACUACAGCUCCUGUUCUUCAUUUGCCCGACUUCAACCAGUCAUUCCGUCUUGAGUGUGAUGCUUCCGGUUUGGGCAUUGGGGCCAUUCUUUUGCAAGGCCAACAUCCUGUGGCGUAUUUUAGUAAAGCAAUGGGCCCUCGAAACCUUGCUAAGUCAGCCUACGAGAAGGAACUCAUGGCGGUGGCGUUGGCCAUUCAGCAUUGGCGGCCCUAUCUAUUGGGACGAAGGUUUGUGGAAUUCCACAAUUCACCCCAAGGAGUACAUUCGGGAUUUUUGCGCACAUACCGGCGUGUGGCAGCGAACCUUUACUGGCAAGGCAUGAAGAACACCAUUCAGGACUAUGUGAAAAGUUGUGACGUAUGUCAGAGGCACAAAUAUCUGGCAUCUUCACCUGCAGGCCUUCUUCAACCCUUGCCAAUACCAGCGCAAAUUUGGGAAGACUUAUCCUUGGAUUUUAUCACUGGAUUGCCCAAGUCCAAGGGCUAUGAAGCAAUCUUUGUUGUUGUGGACCGCUUAUCCAAGUACUGUCAUUUCUUUCCCCUCAAGCAUCCCUAUUCUGCGAAGAGCAUUGCCGAUCUUUUCACACGGGAAAUUGUUCGUUUACGUGGCAUACCUGCAUCCAUAGUGAGUGAUAGGGAUCCUCUUUUCAUGAGCCACUUUUGGAAGGAAUUAUUCCGACUACAGGGUACUCAUCUGAAGAUGAGUUCAGCAUACCAUCCCGAAUCUGAUGGCCAAACUGAGGCGGUGUAUGGUCGCAAGCCGCCGGUGCUAACUCGCUGGGCCAUCGGCGAAACCAGGGUGGAGGCAGUUCAAAGGGAGCUGCAGGAUAGGGAUGAAGCCCUCCGACAACUUAAGCUUCAUUUGGCUCGGGCACAAGAACGUAUGAGGAGUUAUGCCAAUGUCAAACGCAGAGACCUGUCUUUCGAGGUAGGGGAAUGGGUGUUUGUGAAACUGCGGGCUCACCGGCAACAAUCGGUGGUCAGUCGUGUCCAUGCAAAGCUUGCUGCUCCCUAUUUUGGACCAUACCUGAUUCUGGCUCGCGUCGGCGCGGUGGCUUACCGGCUGCAGCUCUCUGACGGAUCGCGGGUGCAUCCUGUUUUCCACGUCUCUGUGCUAAAGAGGGCUAUCGGGAGUUAUUCUGUCGAUUCGGAGCUCCCUGAUAAUUUAGAUGGUGAAGAGCAGCCAACGGGGCAACCCCGAUCUAUUGUUGCUCACCGUGACAUUUCUAGACAGGGAAUUCAGGUUCCACAAGUUCUAGUUCAUUGGGAUUGCACAACUGUGGACGAAGCGACUUGGGAGGAUCUUGUUACCAUACAGAGCCAGUUUCCAGCUUUGACUCCCAACCUUGGGGACAAGGUUGAUGUUCCAGGAGGGGGUAUUGUUAGAGGUGAUGACUUCAAUGGGCCUCUCGUACAGGAUCAUGGUGGGCCAAGGCAGUGGAAGGUUUAUACUAGAAGGGGUAAGAAGGGAAAUAGGGAGAGGACAGAUGAAAUAUCUAUGUAA